GCAAACGAAACGGUCGAGUUGGGAGUUUCGGAUUUUUAUCUGUGGUUGCUGAGACCGUCGAUCGCCUCGCGUUCGCGUAAACAUUGGCUCGGUCCGGGUACGCCUGAGCUGAAUCUUACACACGUGGUUCCAGAAACGAUCUCACCUGUUUGCAAUAAGCAUAACAAACGCCGGAAAGCGAAGGAAAGAAAGAAACAAGUCUAGACUUCUGGAGCAUGCAGUUGCUCAGUUCUCCGGUGUUUGAUUUUCUGCUAAUUUUAGUGUUGGUUCAGCUGAUUUUUUUUUUCGGCCGGGUUUGAUCCCAGUCUAAAAUAAGAACUGUUUGUUUAGCUAAACAGUUCGGAUUCCAGACCCGGGACGAUCUGGAUUCGCAAAAUCAGGAAAAAGGUUUCGCAUUUCAAGGCUCCGCGGUUGUGUUUCACUUUUAACAGCUCGGAUCGUUUGUGUUUUCUUUUUCUCGAUCAAGUUGAUUGUGAGUUUUUUUAUAAGAAGAAUGUUUAUCAUACUGUGAUCCGGCUUCCGUGUGUCGUUAUUGUGUUUUUUGGCUGUUACUACUGCAGCAUCCCUGCACUUUUUUUCCACCGAGUGAAUCAAAAGGAAUACAUAACAACAACGAUUACCAUAGGCAAUAUCUGGUUUGAGCAGUCGAAGAAACAACAAAAAAUAGUCCACUCCAUGUGGUGGAUAGCUGGAGCUUGAUUUGUGGCAGCAAAAUUGGCGAAGAAAGGUCCAGUGGCAGCACAGAAGAAAAAAAAACAAACUUCGAAGAUUUAUGUUUAUGACGACUUAGUGCAUUUUUUUGGGGAAUAACGAAAAACGGUUUAAGUGAAUUAUGUAAGCUGAAAUUUGUUGAAAACCACGAUCUGCUUGGUGGCUGUUUGAUUAAUCGAUCCAGAGGCAUUAGUCCCAGACUGGUGUUAAGUGGUAAACUAAACGUUUCCUGUAAAAAAUUACUUAAGAUUACGCAUCGUUUCAGAUUAAGCUUAUCAAAGGAGUGGAUGUAUAGCAUGAUUUAGAAAAUGGAAUCUUUAAACGUUUAGCAUAUUUCAGUGUUAAUUAUCGCGAAUAAGCGAUAAGAAGAUACAAAUCUCCACAUUGCUACUUUUUGAAGUUUUAAUAUUCAUUGAUUUGAAUCAAUUUCUAACAAAGUAAAUCGAAGGACAAUUGGUAGACAGAAAAAUAUCCAGAGAAGGAGCUGAAUAAAUAAGAAUAAAUUUCCAUCAAACGUUUAACAUUGAUAACAGAGAUUUCCAUUUUUUUUUUAAAUUUACUACUUCAUCUCCAAGAUUGGUUUAUUGUUAAAAACAUGACUCUUUUGGCGCUUAGCUGCCCAUUGUCCAGAACUACAAUUUACAUGUUUUUGAUUUCGUUUUUCCGUACGCCAAAAUCACCUGAGGGAAAGGCGCCACCAAUCCACUUUUUUUUUUGCUGCUCUCUGCUUUCCAUUUCAGUGCCACGGGGGCUUCGAUACAUAUUCCAGCUCAUCGUGUAUUUUUGCAACCACCGGAAUGUAGAAGAGCUACAACGUGGGGAAAAAACCGCGAUCCUCACGACAAGUUACACUGAAUGUUUUUGUUUUUUCCUUUUUUCUUUCUCUUUCUUUCGUUGAGCUGAAGAAGUGGUAGCCCUCAUUAAAAGUCAAUAAAAUGCAAAGUGUGCAGGUUGUAUAUGCGCAAGAGACCUCUAGUACAUCGUACCUCAACUAAAAGGCGACGACUAGUGACGUUAAACGAGCCAAUAAAUAUUAACUCUCAGUUCUCCCGCGGCAAAAAAGCGUACGAUUUUUUUUCUGGAGCGUACCUACUUGGCAGUUGGCAUUAUUGUUGGUGGAUUUAUUGAGCAGUGUGGCCGCCGGCCGGUCUUCAGCUCUUCCUGCUGCUGCUCCAACAUUCCGAGCCUCUCGUCGGGCUCCAUGUAUUUUAGAGUUAUAAUACAUUUGUUGCAAUCUAAACUCCCUCGACUUCCCCCUCUUUCCAUAAGGUGUCGAAAGGAAAGUGCAGUCCAAAUGAUUUCCCGAACGUGUUGCUGCCGCACCUCCAACUCCUGCUGCCCUGAAAACCAUCGACCAUCGGCGAGAACGAAGAAGACGACAACCUCACCAAGCCAACAACAUUCAACCGGGCAACCGUAACUGGAAGAUGACAAAUCUAAACAAACUCAAAGUGGUCGUCAUUGGCAGCUCCAAAGUGGGAAAAUCGGCCGUCACAGUGCGCUAUCUGACCAAACGUUACAUCGGAGAGUACAGCUCGUCGAGGGAUUUUCUCUACCGGCACAGUGUGAUUUACGACAACAUUACCAACGAGGUGGAAAUCCUGGACACGUCCCGAUGCGAUAAACGAGGUUGCCUAUACGAACAUCUGCGCUGGGGUGACGCAUUCGUGGUGGUGUAUUCGAUCUGUGAUAAGGGCAGCUUCGAGGAGGCUGCCGACUAUCUGAUACAGCUGACCAAACUGAAGCUCCCGUCCUACUACACGAUUCUGCUGCUCGGCAACAAAAGCGACCUGGACCACGCCAGGGAAAUCUCGGUGCACGAUGGCCAGGAGCUGUCACUGCGGUAUUCCUGCCAGUUCUACGAGGUGUCGGCGGCCGAAAAUGUGGCCGGCGUCUCGCUAGCCUUCCAGUCGUUGAUCCGGGAGGCCCGCUCGACGCAGCUCUUCCGGGCCAUUCCGCUGCGCCGGAAACUGGGCGUCAACAGCGUUUCCAAGGCCCUCGGGAACAUCUUCGGCAAAAAUAGCAAAGGAGAACGAAAAAAGCGGCCCUCCCUCAGCAUAUGAUAUUGGGGGAUGGAAUCGAAUGAAGCUGAUUGACUAAUAAGAUAUGAUUUCAAAUUUCUUGAAUAUCCUUGUGUAGAUUUUUAAGAAUGAUUAGAUCUAGUUAGUUUUAGUUUUAUCUUGAUAAACAUUAAGAAACAUUCCGAACCUUGAAUCGAGAUCAUGUGAGACAUCUGUAUGAAUUUUAACUCUCAUUGUACAAAGCGAAUGAUCAAAAAAAGCAUCCAUUAGUUUAGUUUGUGUUCCUGAUUUUCAAAAGCUUAUUCUACCAUUUUAAUAAAAUGGACCAAUUUAUGCAGA